AUGAUACAACUACUUCCCACCUUUCAUGGUUUAGAGAAUGAAAAUCCUUAUUUGCACAUUAGGGAGUUUAAAGAAGUAGUUGCGACUUUCCAUAGUCAUAAUGCUACAGAUGAUAUUGUGAGACUUAAGUUCUUUCCUUUCUCUUUGAAGGAUAGAGCAAAUAGUUGGUUGUAUUCACUAAGACCACGAUCCAUAGGAUCAUGGAAUGAGAUGACACAGGUAUUCUUUAACAAAUAUUUUUCUCAACAUAAGACAAAUGCUUUGAAGAGGCCACAAAAGCAUAGUGAAACUUUGUAUCAAGCUUGUGAGAGGUUUCUGGCACUUAGUUAUUUCUAUGAGGGUUUUACAUCUAGAGAGCGUCAAUUCAUAGAGAUGAUGUGUAAUGGUGAGUUUUUGCAGAAAAAUCUAGAUGAAGCCAUAGAAUAUCUCAAUGAGUUUGCUAGAAAAGCUCACACAUGGACCGGACCUAGUGCUACUGAAAGUACAAAUAGGUCACAACCUGCUGGAAAUCCAAAUAGUGGUGGAAUUUACCAUCUUAGAGAUGAAGAUAACCUAAAAGCAAAGGUGGAGAUGCUUACUAGAGAGUUAGAGGUGUUAAGAACUAAAGAUUUAAAACCUACAGACAUGGCUACUCAUGUUGAGUCCUUUGGACCGUGUUUUGUGUGUGGUGGGGUAGAUUCCCUAGCUCAAGAGUGCCUCACAUUUGUUGAAAUGACGGGAAUAUAUGAGGAACAAUGUAAUGCCUUAGAUAUAUGCAAGAAACCUUGUGCACCUUUCUCUGAUACCUACAAUCCUUGGUGGCGUAAUCAUCCAAAUUUUAGCUGA